GCAAGCGCAGAAGGGCGACGCCCAACUUAAACACCAAGAUAGCUGGUGUAGUCUUUGCUUUAGCCUGAAAGGCUUACCUGAUUUUUGCCUUGGCUCAGCAAAAUAAAAGAGAAGGAUUUGCGGACGUAAACUGAGACAAAUUCAUUUUCAAUAUAGGUUUGGAGGCGGAAGAUCUCAGCGUUAGUGACCCCGAGCUUGAAGGCGGGGGAGGGGGGUAUUGUCGGUUCGGAGCCAGCACUGCCCCACUUUGUGCCUGCUAGUAUUAGGGCUGGUAAGGUAGCAACGAAAACCUUGAGAUCAUAGAACUAAGCAGUAGCUUCUGCCUCAACACGGACAUGGCACAGGAGAAAAUGGAACUAGGCGUGGAGCUGCUGCCAAGUUCAACCAUCACAGCCGGCACAUCCUGAGAAGAUCCUACAGCGCCCCUUUGAUCAUUGAGCUUGGUGAUAAUUCACUGGUGUUCCAACCUGACAGAUUAAGAACUAGAAGAAACAGUACAACAUUUAUGACACAACACUGUCUGGGAAAAGGCAUGGAUUUAAUAACUAAAGAAGCAAUAAAUGAAUGGGAGAUACAAACUAUAAUACAGAUACAUCAGUCUUGGGAAGAAAAUGUGAACUUGCAGUACUUUUCUACAUAUUACUAACUUGUGGGAAUUGCACCAGUUUGCUUGCAAUUCCUAUUCCCAGUCCUAUGCAACAAUUUACAAUAAGUCAAAAUUCCACCAACACUAUUAGACCAAAUAUCCCUGGAUCAUUAAAAAGAAAAGGUGAAAUUAUAUUUGAAGAUCAGCCAAAGAGAUUUUUCCAAGGCAAAACCAAUGUGUUUUCUUCUGAAACUACCCAGCUGUCUGAUAUAAAUAUGUGGGAGAAGAGCUGGCUCAGUCAGAUGUAGAAUCUUCCCAGUCUGCUCAAGGCAUUACCAACCAAAUAAUUGCAUUCGAAACAUCAGAUCUGUUAAUUAAAAGAAAAGAAGGGAA